CGCAUGCAGCACCGGUUUAAAAGUGCUGCCAACACAUCGCGCGCAUUGCAUCUCCUCCAGUAUCUGCACAGAGAAAGCAAUGUCCCCCUCUCCUCGCGCCGCUACUGAUGCGCUCGAGGAAGUCCGGUGAUUGGAAGUCCCAAUCACCCGCAGACAUGCGAGGUGCGUGUCUGUGGCUGUCCCUCACCUAUUUGGCCGCCAACCCCUACGGGUUGGGGGCACGGGAAUACAACAACUCAACCGUUAUCGGCGGGGUUCUAUUUGUGGAUGCAGAAGGGCUGUUGAACCUGUCAGACCCGUACACGUCCAACCGGACAAAUGUCUUCUCGCUGGACCUGGACGAGGGCACGCUCGCGGACUGGCGCUCCAUGGCGGGUAAAAAGCGCUACGGGGGAGAGUCCCAGAACGGGACCGUGAAAUCCCUACUGGUCGUGGCUUACUCUGUCAUCAUUGUCAUCUCGCUGUUCGGAAACACGCUGGUGUGUCACGUGGUGAUCAAGAACAAGCGGAUGCACUCCGCCACGAGCCUGUUCAUCAUUAACCUCGCGGUGGCAGACAUUCUCAUCACGCUGCUCAACAUGCCCUUUACUUUGGUUCGCUUUGUGAACAGCAGCUGGGGGUUCGGGAAGGGUAUGUGCCACAUCAGCCGGUUCGUCCAGUACUGCUCCCUACACGUAUCCACACUCACUCUCACUGCAAUCGCGCUGGACAGACGCCAGGUCAUUCUCCACCCUCUGAGGCCCCGCAUGUCCCCGACUCGCGGCGUUGUGUGUGUGAUUCUCAUCUGGGUCAUGGCCAGCUGCUUCUCCUUGCCUCAUGCUAUCUACCAGAAGCUCCUAACCUUCGUGUACAGUAAGGAGAAGGUGCGCAGCCUUUGUGUCCCCGACUUCCCCGAGCCCUCUGACGUCUACUGGCAGUGCAUCGACCUCCUCACCUUCAUCCUCCUCUACGUCCUACCCCUCCUCAUCAUCACGGCCGCCUACUCAACCGUGGCACGCCGCCUGUGGCGCCGUAACACUAUCGGGGACACCACCACUGCGCAGUUCGCUGUGCAGCGGCGGAAGCGGCGGCGCACCCUGGCUAUGUUGUUGGCGGUUGUUGGGGUGUUCGCGGUAUGCUGGUUCCCUCUGAACUGUUACGUGGUGCUUCUCUCCAGCCAGGCCAUUCAGUCAUCCAAUGCCUUGUAUUUCUGUUUUCAUUGGCUGGCGAUGAGCUCAACGUGUUACAAUCCCUUCAUUUACUGUUGUCUGAACCCCGCCUUCCGCCAGGAGCUAAGGCUGCUAUUGGGCAUGUGCCAGAGGAGGGGGCGUGGAGGGGUGGGGCCGGUGCUGGUGGCUCCGCCCUCCUGCGCACCCUGCCACAGAGCCGCCUGGCCGGAGAGCCGCACCGGUUUUCGGCCGAGUCACGCCUCUUCACACCCGAGCCACGCCUCUUCUCGACCAAGCCACUCCUCAUCCUCUCACCAGCCUCCUAAAGACAGGCAUGUCCUUUUCUCCGCUAGACAUGCCCGUAAAACAGACAUCUUAUCGGUGGAGCCUAUAGUAGCUGUCAGUUAACUACAACUACCAGAAGGCAUUUGGGUUGGGAUUGAGUGAAUGAUUGAGUGUUUUUUUGACAAUUAAAGAUGUAUAAAGUUGCUGCAUUUGGUGGUGAGUCCUGUUGAAGGACUACGUUGUUAGCCAAAGACAGUGGGGGCUCUUGAACAGGAAAUGUGAGAUCUUUAAACUUUCAUGACAGCGCCACCUUCAGGAGGAAAUGUCUCACAUGGAUAGGAGUAGGGGUUGGGGAGGUCUAGCAACAAAUGCAACACCCAAACCAGCAACUACUCUGUUAGCAUAUACUGUAUACACUGAGUGUACAAAACAUUUAAGGACACCUUUCUAAUAUUGAGUUUACACCCCCCCUUUUGCCUUCCGAACAGCCUCAGUUCGUCGAGGCAUGGACUCUACAAGGUGUCGAAAGUGUUCAACAGGGAUGCUGGCCCAUGUUGACUCCAAUGUUUCCCACAGUUGUGUCAAGUUGCCUGGAUGUCCUUUGGGUGGUGGAACAUUCUUCAUACACACGGGAAACUGUGUGUACUACCAUACCCUGUUCAAAGGCACUGAAUGGCACACACACAAUCCAUUUCUCAAUUGUCUCAUGGCUUAAACAUCCUUCUUUAACGUCUCCUCCCUUUCAUCUACAUUGAAUGAAGUGGAUUUAACAAGUGACAUCAAUUAGGGAUCAUAGCUUUCACCUGGAUUCACCUGGUCAGUCUAUGCCAGGGAAAGAGCAGGUGUCCUUAAUGUUUUGUACACUCAGUGUAUAUUAGCAGAACUGUAUUGUCGCGGCAUAGACAGUUCUGCUUUGUCUCGGGACCGCAUUGCACCACAACCUGCAAAACUUCUCUGCCUCUCUUUUGGUUCUGUCUAUUUUGCCUCGCUUUCUAAAUAAUUCACAGAUAAUUAUAUCCUAAUUAUAUCCGACAUUGGACAUCAAAAGGCAGUGACACCACCUUGGAAUUUUGUCAUUUCAACAGCUGCUGUUUAUUCCAUAAUGCGUUCCUAAAAAAAUGAUAUUGUCUUUAUUUCCACCGAUCGCCCACUGCACACAGAUUAUUGAGUGUUGUGGUGUGUCCCUGCCAGCUUUUUAUUUCAUUGUUGUUGAAGACAGAACUAUCUAACCAGUGGGGAUGAAGACUGUGAGGGACACAUUCCCCUCCCCGAGUUUCACUGCGGGGGGGCUGAUGGAGCUAGAGUUUGACGGAACAAUCUGUAACUUUCACUUCCAGUCGGAAGUGCUAUCCCUGCACGUUUGUAUACUGUGGCGUUGGGCCUCGCUCGGCAAAUGUAACUGAAGGUGACCCACAGAAUUUCAGUAACUCCGUAGCAGGUUCUGUACAUUUGCCGAGAUCCACUCCUGAAGUUUACAAUCACGUGGCGGGGCAGCGCUUUUAACCAUUGACUGUGAACGAAAGUAACAGACCGAACCUUUGAGAUCUGAUAGAGUUCAGGACCGGGGGAAAGAGGAAAGCUGUACUUGACGGAAGGUGUAUACUCAAUAUGCUCGUCGACAGGGAUGAAGUAAUGGAGGUGGGGUGAAGAUCUUUUACCGCAGACAUUUCCACCCUAAAUCUGCUGGCAGUCCCUGUAUAAGAUACAAGUUGAAACAUGGACAGCUGGCUGCACACAUGGUGAUAGCUAUUAAAGAUAUUCUCCGGCCCUUUUGUGGUCCCCGAAAAUUGCGCAGAUAUGUGCACCGCGCCAUUGCUGUCUCUCGCUCUGCUGUGUGUGAUUCUUGCUAGCUGUCACUCAAAUGGCGAGGGGUUGAAGCUCAUUGGCCGGAAACUGCUAGAGGGCUGGCCCAUGUGGGGGUAAAUGUAGGGAAAAUGCCGCCGCACAGCUUCCAGAAAACAGUCCCUUUCAAACUAAGGAUUUCGUGGCUAAUUGACAUAAAAUCGUAAUUCUGCUCAUAGAUUAUUUAUGUACUGUAUGUAUACAUAUUGACACAUCCAGCCCAAAGCGGGAGGUAAAAAAAAAUACUUAAAAAUAUACUAGUUGCCAAAGUACCAGAGCAUAAAUGUAUAAAUGGGCUCCCGAGUGGUGCAGUGGUCUAAGGCACUGCAUCUCAAUGCAAGAGGCAUCAUUACAGUCCCUGGUUUGAAUCCAGGCUGUAUCAGAUCUGGCUGUGAUUGGGAGUCACAUAGGGCGGCGCACAAUUGGCCCAGCGUUGUCUGGGUUUGGCCGGGGUAGGCCGUCAUUGUAAAUAAGAAUUUCUUCUUAACUGACUUGCCUAAUUACAUCAAUAUAUAUAUAUAUAUAUAUAUAUAUAUAUAUGUGCUUUCAGUAGGAUAAAAAAUAUGAAAGAAAAAAGUGGUAAACUAUACUUGACGGAAGGAACCCUUUAGGCCUGGUCAAAAGUAGUGCACUAAAGUAGAACAGGGUGCUAUUUGGGACACUGUCACGAUCAUCAUCUUCUUCGGACGAGGAAUAGGAAAGAUCGGACCAAAAUGCAGCGUGGUACGUGUCCAUGUUAAAUUUAUUACAACUGAACACUGAAUACAAAAUAACAAAAGUGAAACAACGAAAAUCAAAACAGUCCUGCAAGGUGACACAACACAAAACAGGAAACAACUACCCACAAACACAGGUGGGAACAGGCUACCUAAGUAUGGUUCUCAAUCAGAGACAACGAUUGACAGCUGCCUCUGAUUGGGAACCAUACCAGGCCAAACACAUAGAAAUACAACACACAGAACAAAACAUAGAAUGAAAAACAUAGAAUGCCCACCCCAACUCACGCCCUGACCAAACCAAAAUAGAGACAUAAAAAAGGAACUAAGGUCAGGACGUGACAGACACUUUCUAUAAUGAGAAGGGUACUGGUUAUAUUAUGCAUUAGCUUGUUGGAAAUUAGGCAAUGAGUAACCUCGUUCGCAGGCUCAAUUACAGAGAGAGCCGGCUGGUGGACAAGAUGAGUCACUCAUCCGAGGGUUCUGUAAUACUGUUGAUGGUACUGGUAACCAGACCUUGGAUACAAUUUUAUUUGUUUUCUUUUAAAUACUUUGUAUCCAUUUUAUUUAGCUGACCAGGAGUGCCAGGUGGGUGAGGUUUACACAUUUGGGACUAUUCUAUUGUAAAUCAAGUGCGUCUAAAGUAUGUGAAAGAAAACAAGCAGCGUUUUCACCAAGACCUGAUAGUGAUAUGAAUGACAGAUUUGCACAUGUCUGUGUCAAUGUUUACUUCUUAAUUCAUUUGAAUGUUGAGCGAACCUGGUAAAAGUGUGAGCAUCUGUGGCAUGAUGUUCACGUGUACAGAUGAUAAUGAUGGUGGUUUAAACCUGACAUUUGAACAUGCUUGUGUUAAUGUUUGGUUUCGAGGAAGUUGUUCUUGUUUUGAAUGUUUUGAACGUUGACGCUAGGGUAUCGUGUGAGUUGGUGGUAACGUCAGGCAUGAGCAUCUGUAUUAUGAUGGUUUUGUGAUGUAAAUGUGAUGUGGGAUCUGAAUUGUGAAUUCUCCAUUUCUCUGUGCUUUCUGAGAUCCAUUGCCUUAACUCAUAGUGCACAUAUUUAUGCUGUGUACACACCUUUCUCAUAAAAGGCUGUACUUUCCAUUUGCGAUAUUUAUCAAUUUGUUAAUGAAUUAGGAUUCUCCACCAAAUAUUGUGUUAUAGAUGUGUGUUUGUAGAAUUAUAUAUAAGUGAUUCAAAGUCCUGUUCUUCUUUACAAAAGUGUAAACUGUAUAUUUUUACUUUACAUGGUCGGCCCUGCACCAGCCAGAUUGUGUAUUUGUGUGCGCCUUCGUGUGUAUCCGUGAGUGCGCGCACAUGCUUGAAUGUGUGGGAUGGUAUUGCCAGAGGGUUUGUGUAAAGUUUCUGUUCUGGUUUAGCUCUUUAAUAGUGGAUUAUAACUGGCUGAUUGUUAACUGAACAAUUGGUCAAUAUGUUCAUUAUCCAACCCCCUUGUUGGUUUGAACUCUUUCUCUUUUCAAAAGCCAUUAAAGUAUGCGACAACGA